CAAAUGCAACCACCACCAAAAGAAUAUAUGGAGCUUCCACUGUGCUUUUAUAUGGCAAUUAAGGGAGUUCCUAGGGGUACUAUGGGUUGUUUAGAGAAAUCAGCAAAUGCAACCACAAGUUUGGUUUGUGCGGUGACAUCUUUUGAAAAUGUUCCGGAAACAGAAACUUUAUCAUUUGUUCCAGCGACGGGAGGAUCGGGUGAAAUUGAUACUUGGAGUAAGGCUGGUGCGCUCGAUGCCCCUGUAGUUCCUUUACCGUUGAAGUUGAAUGAUUAUAAGUAUUGGUUUUUAUGA